AUGGGCCAGGCCUUGCAUGUUUUUUCAGUUCACGCUGGUUCUGCUUCGACGCUUCGACUCCGUCCCGCCAAUCUGGUGCUCGUGGGAGAUCACAAGCAGCUUCCACCCACGUCCAUGGUCCAGCCACAGAUCUUGGAGGGCACGGGGCACACACGCUCGUUGCUGGAGCGGUGCGUCUUGGCCUCCGGAAGGGUGCACCAGCUACGAGAGCAGUACCGCAUGCAUCCUCGAAUCGCUGGCCUGGUGAGUGAGCGUUUCUAUGCCGGGCGUUUGUUGACCCCGGCCAGCGUCACCCAGGAGCGCCAAGCACAGGAGCACCGGCCCUUGCUGUGGAUGGACGUGCAAGGCCGCGAAGAGGCGCCGAACAAGUCUUACCUGAACCGUGCUGAGGUCAGCGCUUGUGUGCGCGUGGCGACGCGACUCCGAGAGCGGAUCGGGAUGGAGCCUUCGGUGGCAUUGCUGACCUUCUACAAAGGACAGUUGGAAGAGCUCAUGAAGGCCGUUCCCAACGACCUGGACGUUGAGGUGCUCACCGUGGAUGCCUGUCAGGGUAGCGAGUUCGACUUCGUGAUCUUGAGCACCGUACGAGCCAAUCGUGAACUUCGUUUGGGCUUCGUAAAGGAUGCCCAGCGGAUUUGUGUGGCCACAUCACGAUCCAGGCUGCAAUUGUUUGUGGUGGGCCAUCGGCAAACCUUAAGUGGCGACGGCGACUGGCGCAAGGUGGCCGAGGCUUGCACCACCCCAAAGCCUGAUGAGGUGCAGCCGCAAGGGGCGCUCCCGGAGCGUUUCGUCUCGGUCUUCGAUGCCUUGAGACGGGCGAAGGAGCAAGAGGCGGAGCAGAAAGCACUACAAGCCAUGGAGGAGCAAUCCAAAGGCUCGAAGGGGAGAGGUAAGAGCACCCAGCGCGAGCAGAGCGCCGUGUCCUACUAUGGUGCUGGGCCAAGCAGCGAGGGGGAUCGCCCUGUGGAUCCCUAUUUUAAUGCCCGGGUGACUCGCAGGAAGGAUGGCUCCUACCAGAGCAGUCAGAUCACGGCCAUUGGCGGCGGCUAUCGCAGCCGCCAAGCGGUGCAGGACGAGGGGUUUCGGUUCCGUGUUUUCCAGGAGCUCCGCAGGAGCUCCACAGGAGCUUUGCAGUCGGAAGUGGGGGGCUGUGCCUCGUUCAUGCGUCAGCGUGCUCCCAUGGAGAUGACCCGCGUCAGUGGUGAUUCCUCAGCGGCGAGCAAUCCGAGCCCUUUGCUGCACAGGGAGGAGAAGCCGGAAGAGGGAGAAGCCACUCCGGACCAAGGAGGCACCACGAUAUGGAUCUCAUUCACGGCUUCAGUGUGCUAUGCGCUUUGCUACUUUUGGCGCUACCCCAUCUUCAUGCUCCCGCCUGAAAUUCUGAAGGCAAAGACGCUGCAUGUGCUGGGGCGGGACCUCUCCUUGCAAGAAUGCAUUAGCAUGGCCUUUGUCUUGGGAUUUGGUGCUGCGAAAUUGCCUGCCAUGCGUUUGCAGACCAGCAACUUCUUCUUCCGGUAUCGCCUGGGGAUUCUGCUCAUGAUGCUUUUCCUCUCGAUGGCUUUGGCAGCUCUGGCCGGACUCCUGCCAAUUCCCAUCCUGCAAGUCCUUUGCAUUUUUGGCUCUUCCUUUGUCUCCAGCUUCCUUUAUGGUGGGAUCGUCACCUACCUCGAGGGCCGUCGCAGCACUGAGAUCUUGUUGGCCUCCAUCAGCGCCUCCUUAGUCUUCGCGGGCACCGUCAGCCGCGCGUGCGCCGCGGAGCUCUUGCACUGGGGCGUCCCGCCACGGUUGAUGCCACUCCUCUUGGGUUCAGUCUCCUUCCUCCUGGCGGCCUUCCUGCUCGUGGAAACCGCCCGCGCGCCGCCCCCGAGCCGCGCCGAUGUGGCCGCGCGCUCGGCACGCACCGCGAUGCCACCCAGCAAGCAGUGGGAGUUUGUGCGGGAGAACCUCCUGGGCGUAGUGGCCACGAUUGGCAUUUGGGCCUGCAUGGCUGGUUUGCGGUCCUUCCGGGACUUCUACACUCAGCAGAUCUUCGCAGCUGCGUUAAAGGACGACUCGCCCAGUUCGAAGGUCUACGUCUUGGCCGACGUGCCGGGCGCUAUUUUGUCCUUCAUUUCAUUGGUCAUGAUGUCUUGGGUCAGCAACAACCAGCGGGCUCUGUUCCUCAUGCUCCUCACCAAUGUCUCUGGACUCUUCCUGAUGGCUGCAUGCACCUACCUCUUCCGCCACCAUGAGCUGCCGGGCAUGGCUUGGAUCCUGAUCUACUCGGCCGCCUUCUACGCCGCGUACAGCGUGCUGAACGCCCCGUUGAACGAGCGCAUCUUCGCGGUGACGCGCGCCGAAGGCACCUGCUCCUUCCUCAUCUACGCCUCCGAUUUCUUCGGCUUCUCGGCGAGAAGAACCGUCAGCGUCAGCCACCGGAAGAACCCUCCGCGCCGGGCGCGGAAUUGAGGCGCGAAAGGCCAAAGACCGGGUCAGUGAGUCACUGGAUGGAGAAGUCAAAGACCUGGCACCUGAUUUGGACGUUGCAUGGUGUUGUUUUCUUGAAUUUCAGCAUGUGGAGGCUUCUGGGGCCCACAAAGGGUCGAUGUUGUUUGCUUGGAUGUGAAGAUGGUAUCCCUGCAAACAGACUAAUGAUUGUGGAGGACAUGAACUGAGACCAUUCUCCACCAAAGCACGGCUAUUUGACAAACAGUCUCCCUGGUUGGUCCCCAACAAAAUGUCCAAUGGACACCCAUCAGUGGUGUGGGAAGUGUAUUGGGAACCUGUUAGAUGGUCCUUGAUAUGACAUGGCUUCAUGUUUUGAGGAAGCACACCAGCUGGUGGAUGAAGGGAAUGCCCAUGGCAGUAUGAUGAUUGAUGGAUACUGCACCAUUAAGGGGGGUCACAAUGUGGAUCAACUACUUGUGGGUAUUGGAUUGAUGAGUCAUGAGUCAUGAGAGUUGCUGCCUCCCAAAAAACUACUCUGUGGUGAAUGUAUGAGGAUGUUUUCGAACCGUGAAACUGUGAGAACAACCAUCCGCCACUCACGAAUGAUCAGGGGGGGUUGUGUAGAAACCGGCGCCGGGGAAAGAAACUGUGGCGCAAGAUGGCAUGAAUCUCAACAUGUUUCAGACAUCCACCACUGUGUUCAACCUCUUUGGCUUUGCCGCUGUGGCUUCAGGCUACGUGGUGACCAUUGGCCUCCUGAUGUAUCAAAGUCUUUGAAUUUGCAUUAGAAUGCUUUGAGUGCUUUUGAGUGGCCUCCCCUCCCAGUCAUAAGAGCUAGGCCGGAAAGAGAGACUUAUUAUACCUAGACACGGGAUGUAUGCCUUAUUUGGUCUACAUUGGGUUGGUUUUUGGGGGUCAAUAUAUUCCAUACAUGGAGUGUUUGGGUUCAUUGAUGAUAUAUUGAUGAUACAUAAUAAAUUAUAUACAGCACAUUGUUUGUUCCCUUUCACCUUCGCCUCAAGGAAAAAUGCUGUAGGUUCUAUGCUUUUUGUAGGUUCCCCGCUGCGAUUUCUAUGGGAUUCUGGGUGGCAAAGGGCCGAAGGAUCGAUAGGAAACGAUCGCUGUUGGUAGGUCCCCUUCAAGUUCUAUUCGAUCUAAACAAAUCAAUAGCUAAGCUCACAGGAAAAUCUUGAGGUGAAGAUGAUCGCUUCAUCACUUCCCUCUCAAAGUUGAACACUAUUAUAUACCUAGCGCUUCCAAGGGGUGCCCUGUCUG